AUGCCUUUCGGCGAUCCACCGGACUACGUGCAUUUGCGGACUAACGAAAGCCAGAUGCAGCUCAUUUCGAUGGGAGACCAGCCGGAGACACCCUCAGGCUCACCCUGCUUCAAUACCUCGUCGACCAGGGAAGAAGCGCCAGCAGUUGUUUUUAUCCCAGGCAAGGGAACUGCUCGAUGGUGGCGAGGGCGGACAUCGUUAGAGAGAAUUUUGAUGCUAGCCAUCGUGCUACUCGUCUUACUUUCAGCAGUGCUUUUAGCAGUAAUAUUAAAUAUGGACAGAAGGGAAUACACCAAAACAACGAGCGCACCAUCUGAGUUGCCAUCUGGAAGUUCGUCUACUCAGAAGGUGCCAACAUCAACGACAUUACCAUCUGAGCCACCUGUAUGCACGACUAUAGGAUGCGUACGGGCUGCUAACGCUAUCAUCAACGCAAUGAACACGUCUGUGAACCCGUGUGAAGACUUCUAUGAGUUUGCGUGUGGAAAGUGGAAUGAGGACCAUCCAAUCCCAGACGAUAUGUCAGGUUUUGGGACGUUCUCCCAUGUCCGGGAGCAAGUUCGACUGCAGUUACGAGUGCUGUUGGAACAGGAAGUGACUUCGGAGUCGAGCUCUAUCAAUAUGGCUCGAAUCGCCUACAAAACAUGCAUGAACAAAGCACAGUUGGAUGAGUUGAAAACGAGUUUACUCUUUGAAACGCUCUCUGAACUUGGUUUCUGGCCGUUGCUUCAGGAUACAUGGAAGCGGGAGAAUUUCAAUCUUACAGACCUGUUGGCAUUGGCCAGGAGAGACUAUGGAGCAGAGUCAUUCUUCCAGACUUACAUAUACGCUGAUGCCAAAAACACAUCCCGCAACACCUUAUUUGUUGAUCAAGGAACACUAUCUCUUGGUAGAGGUUCUCGCGAUUACUACCUAAACACCACCAUGUUCGCCAAUCAUAUGGUCGCAUAUAAGAAAUAUUUCCUUGAGAUUGUAAAAAUUCUUCAUGAGGAUGCUAACAUAACUCUUAACUUGUCGUUGAUCAAAUCCAACGUUGAUAACGUCAUCGAGUUCGAACAAAAAUUGGCUGAGAUUGUGGUCCCUGAGGACGAGAGGAGGAACAGUACGAGACUGUACAACAAGAGAAAGAUCGCAGACUUGUACAGCCAUAUGAACGAUGUUGAUUGGGUGUCGUAUUUUCGACAAGUUGCCCCAUCAGAAAUGGUCGAAAUGUUCAACAACGAGACGGAAAUAAUAAUUGCAGAAAUCGAAUACCUUGAUAAGACCUCGGCAUUGAUCAAAGCUACAGAUAACGAGUUACUGGCUAAUUAUAUUGUGUGGCGGGUCGUACAAGCCAGCGUUCGACUGCUCGAUGAAAGGUUCGAAAACAUAAAACAGGAUUUUUCACGAGUUAUGACCGGUCAGCAACAGCGAUCUCCAAGAUGGAAGGAUUGUGCUCAAGUACCAAGCUCGGUCCUGCCACUUGCCGCUGGUGCCGUCUACGUACAAGCACAUUUUAAUACCGAUGACAAGAGGGAAGCGUUGGAAAUGAUCGAGAAGCUAAGGGAAUCAUUCGCCGAUUUGGUGGGGCAAAAUGACUGGAUGGACAAAGCAACGAAAGAAACUGCAAUUGAAAAGGCGAAUUCCAUGAUCAACAACAUUGGAUAUCCAAAUAUCACAAAUGACAUUAAAAAACUGGAUGAGCAGUACAAUGAGCUCUACAUCCUCCCUGAGGACACCUACUAUUCGUUGAUGAAGAAAGCCGUAGUGUGGAUGCAGAAGAAAGAGUUUCGCAAAUUAUUGAAGCCAUUCGAUAGACACGAGUUCGACGUAUCACCAGCUGUUGUCAACGCAUUUUACUCACCAGAAAAAAAUGCCAUUACCUUUCCUGCUGGAAUACUCCAACCUCCUUUCUUUAGCGGUUCGUUCCCGAAAGCAGUAAAUUACGGAGCUAUCGGUGCUGUUAUUGGUCAUGAAAUAACUCAUGGAUUUGAUGAUCAAGGAUCCCAAUACGAUAAGGACGGAAAUUUGCAGAACUGGUGGAGUGCUCGUUCUCUUGAAGCAUUUGAUGAGCGCAGACGCUGCAUCGUUGAUCAAUACGGGAACUAUACCGUGCCCAAAAUUAACAUGAAGGUGAACGGAAAGCUGACACAGGGGGAGAACAUUGCAGACAACGGCGGCGUCAAAGAGGCACUUAAGGCAUACCGGAAAUAUAUAGACAUGAAGGGGGAGGAGCCGCGCCUUCCAGGGUUACAACACUACACCAAUGUUCAGAUCUUCUUCCUCAGCUACGCUCACUUCUGGUGUGGUCAAAAAAAGGAGGCGGCUGCAGUGCAGCAAGUGACAACAGACGAACAUUCUCCUGAAAUAUUUCGUGUUUCGGGAGUCCUCUCAAAUCUUCCUGAUUUCGCAGAAGCGUUCGCUUGCCCGAAGGGGUCUCCGCUCAACCCUGAUAAACGAUGUGUGGUUUGGUGA